GAUGUCGGCAACGCCAUUCCAGAAUAUAGGAAUCAUAAGCAUUGGGGAGAUGGGUCUAGGUAUAGCCCAGCUGCUCAUAGCACAUGGCUAUCGUGUAUAUACUUUUGCUGCGGACAGAAGCGCAAAUACGCAACUCCGCGCUCGCAAUGCUGGAAUCGAGCUUUCUCCCACGCUCGAGCACUUUGUCUCCUCCUGCUCUGUCAUUUUGUCCAUUGUACCGCCGCGCGAUGCCUACGAGACCGCCAAACGCAUUCACGCUGCAACGCCAAAAGAACGAAACCAGCCGCUUUACUACAUCGACUUGAAUGCGGUCGCACCAGCAUCUGCAGUCGAGACUAGCAGACUCCUCGCCGACAAGCCAAACACCAUCUUCAUAGAUGGCGGUAUCAUUGGCGGAGUUCCGUAUCCCCUUGACGCAGCGGGGGAGGUGGAAGGAAAAGUGCGGUGGCACUGCCCGUCUCUCAUUGUCUCAGGUCCCGCCAAACUUCCAGACAAAGCACUCGCAUCCCUGCUGAACAUUGACCAUAUCCAUGGACCCAUCGGCGCCGCCACAGGUCUGAAAAUGUGCUAUGCCUGCAUGACGAAAGGCUUCUAUGCACUAGCCAUCCAAGCCUUCACUACAGCACACGAACUCGGGGUCCUACACGAACUACGCAGUUAUCUGGGACGAUACAACCCGGCGACUUUGAAGUUCGCGGAGAGGGGCCUAGUGACUAUGCCGCCGAAGGCGUAUCGGUGGGUGCACGAGAUGCUGGAGAUAGCGGAGACGAUGGCAGGAGAAGGGGGCUUUGAGAAGGAUCUGUUUCAGAGCGUGGCGGAGGUCUACAGAACGGUGGCGGAGGAUACACUGCUUGGGAAGGAGCAGCCCGGGCAGCGGGUCAGGGGGGAGACAGUGGAGGAUGUAGUGCGGCUUCUGAGCGAAGGCUUGAGGACGAAGAAGCUGAAGUCCGAGUAG